UGGGACGCCUUACUUUAGCCCAGACACCGCGUAACGACGAAGUAGCCAGAGGGUGAAGCAAGUCAAGGUGGACAAACUGCAGAAAGCACAAGUAACAUGCAGCUUACAAUCUCUUGGGCGAUGGUCGCAUUCAAUGUCGCAGCCUGGGCGACUCCCCACCACGCCGUGCAAGACCCCGCACACCAGGAUCCAUUGCGCGAUCCCAUCCAACAAGCUACCGAUCCCGCAUCGCAGUGCGCCCUCGCCGCGCCCCCAGACGUCUUCCUGUCUAUCGGCCACGGCUUCCGCUACGCCCAAUGCGCGCCCACUACCGGGCUCUUGAACACGCACAUGAUCUUCGCCGACUUCCGUGACGCACCCGCAACUCCACAGGCAGCGCAAGAAGCAUACGACUUCUUCCUCCCCGCAGCCGCCCACUUGUACACCAAUACAUCCUUCGGUGCGCUGACCUUGCACGUCACAACCGACACCCCGGCGCGCUUCCACCGCAUGCCCCGCAACACAACGGCGUAUGCGUUCAAUCGCAGUCUGAGCGCCGAGGCCCAUUACGCAUAUAUCCAAGACGCUGUGGAUGCAUGGCAGCGCGACGCCGUACUCCCAUCUCCGGUACACAUCCUGUACAUCGUGGCCCCUCCGCACGCGCGUGCCAUCUCCUUCUCGCCGACGUAUCUUGCGGGUCCCGUACGUUCACGCGCCGGAACGCUGGUUGCGCGUGCCGCCGUGACAAUCGGAUACGAUGCGUUUCACGCCUGGGGGUGGAAGACGCUUGUUCACGAGACGGGGCAUUGUCUUUGUCUGCCGGAUAUGUAUGCUGUGGGGGCAGCAGAAGAAGAACAUGUGUAUGUUGGGGGGUGGGAUCUCAUGGGACUGAUCAGUGGGCGGGCGCCAGACGCCUUUGCGUGGGUGAAGUGGAAAUUGGGGUGGCUGCGGAAUGAAAACAUGGCGUGUGUUGUGGAGAAAGGGACGUAUAACUUUUCGCUGCGAGCGGUCGAGGUGCAGGGAGAAAAUGAAGAGGCAUAUGCAGCUGUUGUAGUCAGGUUGAGUGAGAGUGUUGCGCUUGUUGUGGAGCGCAGGGCGCGCCUGGGUGUUGAUAUGCACAUGUGUAAGGAAGGAGUGUUGCUUUACAUUGUUGACACACGCGUCGAGUCUGGAGAGGGCCCAGUGAGGGUGCUCGACACGUCGCUGGCGGGAUCAGAGGCGCAAUUGGGUAAGUGUGAGACGGAGAAAAUGGGCGGUGCACCGUUGUCAGAGGUAGGAGAUACAUUUACUGUAGUAAAGCUGGGCAUAUCUGUUACAGUAGAGAUUGUUUAUGAUGACCCUGUCGGGGUUGCGGGUGCUUGGGGCGUAAGAGUAGAGAGGGUAUAGCGAUAUUGAUUGAUGUAGCAGAGCGAAAAUAACAAGUACGCGUUGUGGUGUACGAGCCCACCGACCGAU